CGUGAUCACAGACAAAAUAGGGACACAUUUCCCUAGGCAUUUGUAUCUAUUGGUUCCAUCUACAAUCACAGACAGGAAGCCAUUCCCACUGCAUAUUUCUGAAGGCUAUUCUCUGUGAUGGAUUCAUUUACUUUGUAAUUGAUAGAAAAAGGAAGGACAUUUCCAAAGGUAAAUAUCUUCACUGUAACUUACCCUUAAAUAUCCAGUGUAUUUCAGGCUCCUGCCGGUUCUUCCUCAGCCAUUAGAAGGUAAGAAAGUGCCCUGCUGGAUUUGGCCAGUGGCCCAUCUAGUCAAGCAUCCUGUUUUCACAGUGACUAACAAAUCACUGUGUAAGGAUGCAGUAUUGCUCACUUUCCAGAAAAAAAUAAUUUGCAUAUAUCAGCUUCUUUACCGUCAAUCUCAUAUUCCUAUAUUUCCUUCAGUAUAUUUUGGAAGCAGGUGUAUGUUGGUUUUUCUUCAACUUCUUAGAUGCUUUCUAGAUCCACACAUCAUCUAGAUGCUCCCUUUUGCUCCCAAGUCUUCAUGAUAUAUUCAUCAUCAUGCCUUUAUCAUCAGAAUGAGACACCUGCCUUGUCAGAAGGAUGGUGUCUUGACUUUGUUCUUCUCCUUCCAGGUGUCAGGCAAAGGAGAACUUAGAGGAUCCUCCUGUGGCCUUUCCUCCUGCCUUGAAGUGGAGGAUCUCAGCCUUCAGAGAUAUAAAUUCCCGCCUGAAGGGAGUCAUGCAGCAGUUCAGAGGUGAAGGGCUAAGUACCACAAAUGUUUCCCCCCACCGAUCAGGGACCGUUGCCGAAGCCAUGGGCAAAGGCGACCCAAAGAAGCCCCGGGGCAAGAUGUCCCCGUACGCUUAUUUCGUGCAAACGUGCCGCGAGGAGCAUAAGAAGAAGCACCCGGACGCUUCGGUCAACUUUGCCGAAUUCUCCACGAAAUGCUCCGAGACAUGGCGGAGAAUGUCAGCAGAACAAAAAGGCAAGUUUGAAGACAUGGCAAACAGUGACAAAGUUCGUUAUGAGAGGGAGAUGGAAAGUUAUAUUCCUCCUAAAGUAGAACCUGAAGAAGAUGAGGAGGAGGAAGAAGACGAAGAAGAGGAGGAAGAAGAUGAAGAAGAGGAGGAAGAUGAGGAGGAGGAAGAAGAGAAGAUGAGGAGGAGGAAGAAGAUGAAGUUAUAAAGCUGCUGUAAAGAUUUUGUGCUCAAAAGUCAAUGAUUCUGCUAAGAAUGUGAAGUUGAGUGCAGCUCAUUGUUGCUACAGUAUAAAAACUGUACAGAAUUGUUCUAGUUACAGGUAGGCAGCCGUGUUGGUCUGACGUAGUCGAAACAAAAUAAAAAAAUCCCUUCCAGCAG